GGACCAACGCGCUUUCCGUACUAAUGGGAGUAAACAUUAUGGCGGCGUCCUGGUGAUCCGUCUUAGCUAAAACUAAGCGACACGGAAGCUGUCACUAUCUCUUAUAGACAGUUAAAUGGAUUUUAGUGUACAGCUAAUUGGAGUAUAAAAAUACUUUUAAGUAUCUAAGUAUCUAUCUUGAGUGUCAUGGCGUCUCAGUGUUUAUUAUUUACAGCCCGGGCUUUGUUUAUUGCACCCCAUCAGGUGAGCUGUAUACAGCAUUUACGCGCUGUUCUGCCUCUGUCCAAGCGGUAUGGGGGAAUUAUCCACAAUCCGACAGUUUUGAAUCAGUUUAAAUGCAUGUCGUUGACAUCUCAGGGGCGACACUAUGUGAGGUUGCUCCCCGGUCAGCCUCUGCGGAGUUCCCAUUCCGCCGUGGUGAGAGAUGUGGUGCUGUUCGAGCAUGACAGAACCCGCUUCUUCAGGAUCCUGGCUCUGUUUUGUGGAGGUCAGUUUCUUUUCUGGAGCUAUUUGGCCUAUUUUGCCUUCACGGGGCUUCGAGACACGCGAAAGAGCAGCAAAGAGCCUCAAAAGGUCAGGACAGAACUGGGGCUUUUUAGCUUUGACAUGAACCUUGGAUCAAAUAGCUGGAGAUUUGGAUUCACUCUUGGCUGUCUCAUUAUAGGAGGAGGAAUUGUUGGACUGGGCAUGUUGUUCAGCCGUCGCUCUGUCAGUCGUGUGGUUCUGCAUAAGGGAGGUGGAAAGGUGACUGUGUGUACCCAGUCACCCCUAGGAGUGAGCAAUGCCUGGCAUCUAACUGUACCUUUGAAUCAAGUGGCUUGUCAUGCACACAGGCAGGAAUCGCCCUCCUUCAUCCCUCUCAAAGUAAAAAAUCACAAGUUCUACUUCCUUUUGGAUAAAGAAGGGAACCUGAACAAUCCGAAACUGUUUGACGUCACUGUUGGUGCCUACAGACCAUUAUAGAUGUCGUGCCAUCUACAUGGUUAAAAAAAAUAAAGAACAAGAAUUAUAGAUGUUUUACUGCUGAUGAAAUAUAUGUCUUUUAGACUUUUUCAUUUGAACAUUUGUACACAUAUGUGGCAAGUAAUAAAAGAUUAAAUAGCAAUAACAAUAUUUCAAUGUA